AUGCCCGAUCCCGUUCGACCCGAACCCUCUACUAAUCAGUCCGAAGCCUACACGAUUCCAGAACCGCAAAACGCGACGGAUGAGGUGGUCCAUAUUCGUCGCGAGGAUCUCGACAAUAUUCUCACCAGCGUAUCGACUCCCGCUCUUCAACUGCAGGCGCUCCAGCCGACUUCAUCGCAGAAACCGACUUUUACCAAGCCUGGUUUAAGUCGGCAAUAUGAUUUCAACGCCAAUCUGCUAUCCAUUCUUUCGCCGAUAGCCGACAUCGCCCCCGAAGAUUUUGACAUCAAGCAGCAGCUCACCAAAGUGGUCGAGCUCUUGACGCAAAGGAACCAACUGCUUACGGUCGCGGACUCCAAUCCAGAUGUUUGGGAGUUCUACGACCACCAUAAGAAGGCAGAAUCCAUGGAAGCCUCCAAUCCGAUUUUGGCGGCAUUUCUUCGUGAGAAGAAAAAGAAAGAAGAGAGGAAGCCGCCUGACCCUUCACACCAUUCGCACCGCAGCAGCCCAGAGCCCCCAGAGCAAUGUGCUACAACUGUGGUGGAUUUGGCCACUUUCGAAACACCUGCACCCUCCCAGCCAAGGGAAAAUCAGGAAAUUGAACGGCUUCUAGUUUCCCAUUCUAUUGUACAAGUGCCAGACUCCGAUCUCAGCGGGACGAGAAUCAAUCCUUUAUCAGUAGCUAAAGAGGUCAAGAAGAAGUGGAAGGCAGUAGUCUCAGCUAUAGCAGAAAAGCAAAUGCAAGCAACGGCACUGUCGUUCAGAUGGCCUUUGAAUCAGAAGGAGACGGCCGAGCUAAAAGAUGGGCGACAGAGCACGCUCUGGCGAUUGACGCCUUCUCCAACGAAGCUCGCAGCUAUUGGCAGUCUGAAUUUUUAUGAUCUCCUCGAUCGCAAACGAAGAAAAGCGGGGAGUACGGCUACCCUGGCCUCACAAAGCGGUCUAAAAGCAGUCGCGUCCAUAAUCGAUUCUUGCAUUGACCAAUCAGUGUCUACGGGCACCCUCACCAUAUAUAAAAGGGUUAAGAAGAACUUCAUCACCUUCAUCGGGAAGUUCAAUGUACCGCUCACAGCACUACCUCAACUUCGCAACGUAUUCAUCGCGCAUUUGAUAGAAACGGGCAAAUCCAGAUCUCUUGGAUAUCACAUUUCCGCCUUAAAUCAUUUCUUUGGGCCUCUUACUGGCGACGAUUUAGAAGUACAGAAAGCACUGCUAAGCAUGGCGACCAGGAAGGGCCCCCCUGUCAGACAUAGGAAAAAGGCAUCAGAAGAAGACGUCAAUCAUGUCAUAACAUGGGCAUUGAAAGCUCAAACCAAUUCCGCUCUGAGAGGUGCCAUGAUGAUACUGUUCGCCUUCUCCGCUUUCCUACGACUUAGCGAGGUUUGUAAUCUGCACUUCUCCGAUCUAUCAUACCAGGGAUCCUCCAUCUGGUGGUUGCUUAUUCAAAAAUCAAAGACGGAUCAAAAACGAGAAGGCAAGACGGUGGCUUUUUAUUGGAACAGCGUUGCCAAGGACCUAUGGGAUCACUACUGCGAUGCCUUUCCGCCGUCCUCUCCUUCCAGCUUUAUUUUCAGCAGCAGAAGCGGAUCCGCUAUUACGAGGGACUUUGCCGCACGCCAAAUCCAGAAGACUUUGGGAGAGGCCGGACUCGGAUCAAAGAAGCUUACUUCACACUCAUUCCGCGGAGGCGCGGCCACCAACGCGCUCAAGAAAGGAUUGGACGCUCAAUCAGUUAUGCUCGCAGGUCGAUGGAAAUCAUUCAACUCUUUUCAGGCCUACAUUGGCCCUUUACCCGUCUGA